AUGGACUAUCAGCCCGUCGUUGUUCAAAAACGUGCGCGUCCGGCGCCUCAAAAGCAUAGUGCAGAAUCACGAUACUGGCGACAAUUCAAGCACCCUGUAUUCGUCAAGGAAUAUGCUCCGGUCACCUCUGUGCAUUUUGCCUCUUCCAAACCGCACCGGUAUGCGGUCACAGCAGCGACACGCGUGCAAAUAUAUGCACCAAGAACGCAGAAGAUCACCAAGACCAUCUCACGGUUCAAGGACGUCGCGCGCAGUGGAUGUAUACGUGCUGACGGCAAGCUACUUGUCGCUGGAGAUGAUAGUGGACUGAUUCAGAUUUUUGACGUCAACUCCAGGGCAAUUCUUCGCACCCUUGACGGUCACAAGCAGCCCGUCCAUGUAACCAAAUUUUCUCCUCUAAACCAAACACAGGUCUUGUCCUGCUCCGACGACACGACGGUCAGGCUAUGGGACGUUCCCUCACAAUCAACCAUCACCACUUUCGAGGCACACACAGACUACGUCCGCUCAGGCCAUGUGUCUUCGACCGAUCCCUACCUCAUUCUAACCGGCUCUUACGACGGAACGGUCCGGUUGUUCGACUCACGAACAGGAGAAUGCGAACUGUCGAUGGGUGCCAGCUCUGCAGAUGGAAACUGUGGAGCUGUAGCUGUAGAACAAGUGAUCAUGUUCCCUUCCGGGACGAUUGCUCUGUCUGCAGCUGGCUCUAUCUUACGCGUAUGGGAUCUGGUUGCGGGCGGCAGAUGCAUACGCGCACUUUCAAACCAUCAAAAGACAGUCACCUCACUUGCCUUUAAUUCCAAUGCGUCCAGAUUACUUACAGGGGGUCUGGAUCAUAUGGUGAAAGUUUACGAUGUGGGCAACUUUAACGUUGUCCACACAAUGCGGUAUCCAGCGCCCGUACUAUGCCUCGAUAUCUCUCCGGAUGAGACGCAUAUUGCGGUUGGCAUGUCCGACGGCACCUUGUCAGUCCGCAGACGUGAGCCAAAAGCCUCGGAGGCUGCCAUCUCCGAUCUACCAUAUUCUGCAGCCUCUCUUCGCGCAGGGUCUUUUGAUUCUUUCCUAGGAACUUCCAUCUCUAACCUUGGCCGGCUUCGUUCGAAGGACAAAACGAAAUCCAAACCGGUACGAGACGUCGAUGAAUUUAAAGUGGAAAGCAAGAGAAAGAAGAGGUUGAGGGAGUAUGACAGAUUGCUGAAGGCGUUCAAAUACACCGCGGCCUUAGACUCUGUACUGCGAAAGCAAGUCCCUCCGACGACAACGUUCGCUCUCAUUCAAGAACUAAUCCACCGAGAUGGUUUGCGGAGUGCUCUUGCGGGUCGCGAUGACGUUCUACUCGAGCCUAUUCUUCGACUACUAUUGAAACAUGUGGCCGACCCACGGUUUGGAGAAAUGGUCUGCGAUAUGGCAGGGGUUGUCGUGGGCAAGUAUAUGUAUACGCCAAUUUUGGGCCAAUCCCCCCUCAUCGAUUCAUUGUUCCUCCGCUUACAGAGAAAAAUCGCUGCAGAGAUUCAAUUCCAAAAGGAGCUCGUCAAAGCAAAGGGCGCAUUAGACAUGCUUUUUGCUUCUACAGCGUUGUCUGUGGCAUAA